AUGAAUUUAACCACCACGGCCGGAGACGAUCGGUUUUCGUCAAGAAGAGCGACUAACCUGCCCUCGUCGAGCGACGCUCGCCCCUCUACACUCCCGAGCAGUUCGACUGAAGCGUUUGCAAGGCGGAAGAAAGCCAUCAAUCAACAGUACCUCACACCACAAGAAGAGAAGGCGCUAGUCGCCUAUGUUUUACGGUGUGCAGACGACGGUUUUUCCCUGCCCGUUAAAGCCUUGCGAAGAUUGGCACUAGUUAUCAGGCGGCGUCGUGGCACCACGUACUCGACACAGACAAACGAUAGAGCGCAACCUCUCGGCAAGAACAAUCCCCAAGCACUUUACUCACGUCAUCCAGAACUGCGGGCCCGAAGGCUUAAAGGCAUCGACUGGCUAAGAGCUAACGAGAAUAUAUAUGACAAGGUCAAACACUGGUUCGACAUCAUUGGCAUAGAGCUAGCUAACCCUGAUAUCACUCCCGAGAACGUGUACAAUAUGGGUGAGACAGGCGUGCUCCUCGGUCAAGCCACGACUGUCAAAAUGUUGGUGCACAGCGAGGACACGCGCCGCCAUCGAGGCACCGGAGUAAAACGCGUUCUCGUUACUGCUAUAGAAUGUGUGUCUGCGACAGGAACUGCCCUCCCGCCCUUGAUUAUCUGGCCUGCAUCGACCCACCGUAGUGUCUGGACCACCCAUCCCACGCCUGAUUAG